AUGGGCUAUCUCAAACUAAUUGUGGUUGAAAACUUCAAGUCGUGGCGUGGAAAGCACAUUAUCGGUCCAUUAGCAGAGUUUAACUGCAUUAUUGGCCCUAAUGGCUCUGGUAAGUCUAACGUGAUGGAUGCCAUAAGCUUCGCUUUGGGCGAGCGGGCGAGCAUACUGCGAGUGAAGCACCUCAGCGACUUGAUCCAUGGUUCUCACACUGGGCAGCCGGUUUCAGGCGAUACUUGCGUCACUCUGGUUUACCAAGAGGACCAGGACCAGGAGAUCCUCUUCUCAAGAAGCAUCUCUGGCAACUCCUCCGAGUACCUCAUCAAUGGCCAUCGAAAUACUUUCAACGGCUACACAGCAGCGCUCGCCAAGAUUGGUGUCAUCACCAAAGCUCAAAACUGCCUCGUGUUCCAGGGAACAGUGGAGUCCAUCGUGCUGCAGAACCCUAUAGCGCGGGGCAAGCUAUUUGAGCUCAUUAGUCAGUCCAAUGAGUUUGUGGUCGAGUACAACGAGAAAAAGGAGGCCAUGCAGAAGGCCAAGGAGGAAGCACAUUUUCAGUUUAACAAGAAGAAAUCAGUAGCUGUUGAAAGCAAGCAGAUGUCUGAUGAGAAAUCAGAGGCCCAGAAGUACCAGAGCCUCGUGGAUGUUAUUCAAGAAAAGCGUAUGCAGCUGAGCUUGGCUGUGCUCUAUCAUAACGAGAAGGCAAUUGAGAGAACCAGCAACACUCUGAGUGUCAUGCAGGGGACUGUUGCUGCUCAGAGUGCUUCUUUGCAGGAUUGGGAGGAGACUGUGAAAACCCUCAAGAAGGAGCACGGACGCCUGGUCAGGGAGCAGCAGCAAAUGGAGAAAGAGAUCCGUUCCCAGGAGCAUGUACUGUCCCAAUCUCGCUCUCAUUUCAUCAACGCCAAAGUAAACACCUCUCAUCAUAUCAAGAGAAGAGAUGAGCUUCAAGCUUUGAUGAAAAACAACCAGAAAAUCAUAGCUCGAAUAGAACAGGAGCUUACUGAGGCCCAGUUGGAGAAAACAGACCUGGAGAACACCUGGAAGGUCUGUGAGGAGCAAUUUAGGAAACAGAGAAUGUCCCAGGUCAGAGACAUCGAGCUGGAUGACAGUCAGCGUGAGCGCUACAGGGAGCUCAAGGACUUGGCCAUGAAGCAGAGCGCAAUUCUGUGUCAAGAAGCCCAGAAAAUAAACAGAGAUACCAAGGCAGCGUAUGAUCAGUUGGCGUUUGACCAGCGUAAAAAGAAGGAAGUUGAGACUGGCAUCCAGAACAACAAGUCGCACUUGGAUGAAUUGACCUGCAGAGCAAAGAAACUUGAGGAGUACACUAAAACUUCCAGAGCAUCUCUGGAUGAGUUCCAUCAAAAGGAGGAGAGCUUGCAGGCAGACUUGCAGUCCAGCAGAGAGCGUGCCAUCAUUAUACAAGAGGAGUUGAAACAGAUACUGCAUCAACUGGAAGACGCUUGCCUGGAGAGCCAUGAGAGCAAGCGUCAGCUGCGGCGCAAAGACAUGCUGGAAAAGAUGCACAGGCUUUUCGCUGAUGGCGUGUAUGGGCGCCUUUGUGACCUGUGCAGCCCUAUCCAUAAGAGGUAUCGGCUGGCCGUCACUAAGGUUUUUGGCCACUUCUUGAAGGCCAUAGUGGUGUCGACAGAGAAAGUGGCCCAGGCCUGCAUCAAGAUGCUAAAAGAGGAGCGGGCUGAACCUGAGACCUUCCUUCCCGUCGACUACUUGGAUGUGCAUCCUCUAAAUGAGCGGCUGAGGGAAAUACCGGGCGCCAAGAUGGUAGGGGACAUUGUGCUCAUCAAUGUGACCACAAGCGUACCAGAGCUGAAGAGAGUGGUGCAGUUUGUAUGUGGCAACACGCUUGUGUGUGAGACGAUUAAAGAGGCGAGGAGCAUUGCCUUUGAUGGGAAGGAGCGCCUUAAGACUGUAUCUCUGGAUGGGACCCUGUUUUCAAAGACCGGUGUGAUCUCUGGAGGCUCCAGUUACUUGGCCACCAAAGCACGCUGCUGGGAUGACAGAGAUGUAACCAGGCUGAAUCUUGAAAAACAACAGCUGACUGAUGAGCUAAAGAAUCUGAUGAGGCAUAGACGGAAGGAGUCAGACCUUAAUCAGAUCAUUCUGCAAGGAAACGGCUUAAAGACCCGCCUGAAAUAUACCAAAAGUGAACUUGACCUCCUUGAGAAGCAAAGUAUUCCUAAACUCCUUGGGGAAAUUUCUCGUAUGGAGAGUGAACUGGUAAACCUAGACUCCCAGAUCCAGAUGCAGCUUGGAAGCGUGAAGGUGAAAGAAAUUGCCAUGAAUGACCUUAAAGACCAGAUUCAGCAGACAGAGGACAUGGUGUUUUCUGACUUCUGUGCUGAGAUUGGUGUGGAAAACAUUCGAGAAUAUGAACAGGAGCGCCUGAAACAUCAGGAAGAGCACAAUAUGAAACGCUUGGAGUUUGAGAACCAGUGCAGUCGCUUGAAUGCCAAGAUGGAGUAUGAAAAAGAGCAACAAGAGAAGCAGAAGAAGAAGCUUAGUGAAACACAGGCCUCAAUCCAAAAUGAAGAAAGCAACAUAAUCCAAAAGAAACAGGAGGAGGAGAAGCUAUUGGUGGCCGCUGAAAGAAAUGACAACAAACUGGAGGAAAUGAAGAACCAGUUGCUAGAGAAGAAGAAUCGAGUCGCAUAUGCCAAAAGUGAUUUGAAUGAGAAAAUUGCACACCUCCAAGAGAUGAACCGAGAGUUGAUGAAACUGCAACGGAAGGUGGCAAGUGCCGAGAGCACCUUGGAGCAGAAACGUUUAAGUCGCCACAACUUACUUCUGGCCUGCAAGUUGGAUGACCAACCAAUCAUUUUGCUGUCAGGUGACCUGAAUGAAAUCAGCCAAGUGCAGCUGGAAGAAGGCUCUGAACGUUCUUCAGCCACUAUGGACGUGUUUGAGAGGGAGUCCCAGCUUGUUAUUGACUAUUCUUGCUUGGAGGCCGAAAGCAAGGAAAUGCCUGAGGAGGAGGUGGACAACUAUCUGAAGACACUGAAGGAGUCACUUCAUGCUCUAGAGGAGCAGUUGAAAAGCACAGCUAAGCCCAACUUUAAAGCUAUAGAAAAGCUGAGGGAGGUGAAGGACAAGCUACAAGAUGUGACCGAUGCCUUCAGAGCUGCGACCAUCUCUGCCAGGGAGUGCGAGUAUGAGUUUGGCAAAGUGAAAUCUAAACGCUCACAGCUCUUCAGCAAGUGCUUCGAUCAUGUGUCUGGUGUCAUUGACAGCAUCUACAAGAGAAUAUGCCGGAACAAAAGUGCCCAGGCUAUUCUUUCUGCUGAUAAUCCAGAGGAGCCAUAUCUUGGUGGCAUCAACUACAGCUGUGUGGCUCCCGGGAAGCGCUACAUGCCAAUAGAGAAUCUAUCAGGCGGGGAGAAGGCGAUUGCGUCACUGGCUUUGCUGUUCGCCAUUUACAGUUUCCGUCCUGCUCCUUUCUUGAUUUUGGAUGAGGUGGACGCCGCCCUAGACAACUCAAACAUUGAAAAGGUUACCAGCUUCAUCAGGGAGGAAUCCAGAGAAAAAAUGCAGAUCGUCGCCAUCUCCCUGAAGGAUGAGUUUUUCGCCAAGGCCGACACCCUCUUCGGAGUUUAUAUGGACUUUGACAAAUGGAUGUUCAGUCAUCUGCUGACGUUGGACCUGCGUCCCUUCCCUAUCUGUCGAGAUGAUGUCGGAAUGCCCGCGAGGGACGAGGCCAGAGAAGACAGCUUGCAAAGAAGCAUGCCAUUGGUUUCACUGUUUACUAAGAAAUAG